AUGUUGGAUGUCCCUAUCCCAAAGGACAUGGUCCACCCAAUGCUCAUGUCAGUGUCGUAUAUGGCCAAAUACAGCACAGCAAAUGAUCACUUACCUUGCGUUGUUUGGUCCAAUAUUCUACUUGCCAAAAUAGAAUCAGAGGAGCCGGAAGAUGGGAUUAUCACAGACAUAACUACCCAUCCCAAUGAUAUAAAUGUCAUGCCGCAGACUAGCGAGGGUGCUACUGCUGUGUGCCUUUUGUCUGUGCUAGGCAUCAAAGCUAAUAACUUGGAGAACCAUUGGAACCACUUCAUAGAUUGCCAACACAUUCCUCUCAAUGUCCACAUUGUCCAGAGCAGCCGUCUGUACUUGCAGGUCCGCAUCUUGGAGCAUCCUACCAUGGCCAUGUUUCACUCUCUUUUGAUGGAUGUUUCUGCUACUUGGCUGGAUGACCAGGAAGGGAGGUGUCUGCUUCAGAAACGUCAAGAAGCUAGGAUGCGGGCAGAUGACACAGAAGCAAAGGCAGUCAAUGAGGAAAAUGCCAGGAAGGCAGCUGAGACACAGCAGGCGGCUGAUGAGCAGGCCAAAACAGAAGCUGAGGUGAAGCAGCAUGUAGCUGAGGCACAAUCAGCAGCAGAUGCAAGGGCUUGA